GGGGGGACUUCGCGCUUGAAGGGCGUUGGGUGGCGUGGCCUCCCUCCCGCAGAGGCGCUCUGUGCGGGACUCCAGACCUCUGUGCUGUGACGCAGGCGCGAGUGGAGGCGGGGCGGAGCCGAAUCUUCGGAGCUCCGCCCCCAGUGGAGACGACAGAAGCUGGGGGCGUGUCCUGGGCGGGGCCGCUCCCCGGCCCGCCCGGUCGCGGAGCGGUGGCAGCGCUGGGAGGGCCCGGCCCCGGCAUGCCACACCCAACCCAGCUGUACCAGCAUGUGCCGGAGUCACGCUGGCCCAUCGUGUACUCACCGCGCUACAACAUAACCUUCCUGGGCCUGGAGAAGCUGCACCCCUUUGAUGCAGGAAAAUGGGGCAAAGUGAUCAGCUUCCUAAAAGAAGAGAAACUUCUAUCAGACAGCAUGCUGGUGGAGGCACGGGAGGCCUCGGACGAAGACCUGCUGGUGGUGCACACGAGACGCUAUCUCAACGAGCUGAAGGUGCCACAGGAGAGUGAUGUGGGGUCCGGUGGCCCAGACGCUCAGUGGUCCUUUGCUGUCGCAACCAUCACAGAAAUCCCCCCUGUCAUCUUCCUGCCCAACUUCCUGGUACAGAGGAAGGUGCUGAAGCCCCUCCGGACCCAGACGGGAGGAACCAUAAUGGCGGGGAAGCUGGCCGUGGAGCGAGGCUGGGCUAUCAACAUAGGCGGCGGCUUCCACCACUGCUCCAGCGACCGGGGCGGGGGCUUCUGCGCCUACGCAGACAUCACGCUCGCCAUCAAGUUUCUGUUUGAGCGAGUGGAGGGUGUCUCCAGAGCCACCAUCGUUGAUCUCGAUGCCCAUCAGGGCAACGGGCACGAGCGGGACUUCAUGGGCGACAAGCGCGUGUACAUCAUGGACGUCUACAACCGCCACAUCUACCCCGGGGACCGCUUUGCCAAGCAGGCCAUCAGGCGGAAGGUGGAGCUGGAGUGGGGCACGGAGGAUGAUGAGUACCUGAGGAAGGUGGAGAGGAACCUGGAGAAAGCCCUCCAGGAGCAUCAGCCCGACGUGGUGGUGUACAACGCAGGCACUGACGUCCUUGAGGGGGACCGCCUCGGGGGGCUGUCCAUCAGUCCGCAGGGUGUCGUGAAGCGGGAUGAGCUGGUGUUCCGGCUGGUCCGAGGCCACCAGGUGCCCAUCCUCAUGGUGACCUCGGGCGGGUACCAGAAGCGUACAGCCCGCAUCAUUGCCGACUCCAUCCUUAAUUUGUAUGGCCAGGGGCUCAUCGGGCCCCAGCCAGCCAACGUCUCAGCACAGAACUCAGACACACCCCUGCUGCCCCUGGAGGUGCCCUGACGACACUGCCCUCUGAGUGGCUCCCUGCCUGCCGCCCACCCGCCCGCCCGCCCGCCCACCUGCCCCUCAGUGCUUCUCCUUUUCCAAAUGAGGGGGGGGACCUCGCGCGCAGCUGCACUCUCCGCACUGGGUGUCGCGGUCUCCGGGCCAUUCUGCGGGUGGGGGCAGAGGGCAGGGCCUGAGUCCCAGAAAGACCCACACGGUCACGGUCACGGCCUGACCAGGCGGCAGUUCUCCCAGGAGGGAGGAGGGCAGUUGAAGCUCCCAGGCGCAGGGAGGGCCCCCAGGGGUGGGGUGUUCUGGUUUUCAAAACAGUGCGACCGUUUCAGACCAAGGAAGCUUCCAUCUCUUCCACAGUUGGGCCCCCUCCCUCCUCUUCUGCACCCUCUCCUCCUCCCUUCAGGGGUGGGAGACCUGAGGGGGGGCUGGAGCCAGGCGUCUGGGGUCCCUGGAUUCCCAGCCAGCAGGCAGGGGCCCUGGUCCUGGAUGUGAGGGGGCGGCAGGGAAGGGGAUGCAGGUGGGUUUUCCCAUCUGGCUUCUCCUUUAAUAAAGCGAGGUCUGGACCUGCUGUCCGAGAGCCCCUCCCUGGUGGGGAGGGGAGGGGAGGCCUGAGGAGCCCCAAACCCCUGCUUCAGCAGCAUCUUGCCCGUCCAGGGAGGGCGCCGGGUUUGGGGGAAAGAACUGUUGACUCAGGGACAGGCCUUAGCUCUGGAGGCUUGAGGGACAGAGGAAGGUGAGGCCUGGACCAGGUAAUCGGGGAGGGACAGGUGGCCAAGCUGGGUCCCACAGGCCCCGAGGCCCAGGUGGGGACUGAGGCGCUGGUGAGGCCAGGCUGGCGUUGCUGGAGGGGAGCAGAGGGUCUCCAUCCUGGCCUGCAGGUUGUACGCGUAGGGGGCUGGGGCGGGGCCCCGGCGGGGGCUGCAGCCUCCACUGGGCUCAUCCAAAAUGCCAGGCCCUGGUGUGCACUGCCCGGGGGGGCCCUGACCUUGUCGUCAGCUCUACUCUGAAGGGGAUGCUCAGGACCCCACAGGAAGCGGGGGGGUCGGGGGGAGCGUCCACUGCUCCAUUGCCUGGGUGUGUUCUUAGUGGUCAAAGCAGGUGGGGAGGGAAAGAGGGCCGUCCCUGAUCAACCCCCCCACGGGACUUGUGCUCAUUGCCAUCUGGGGGUCUCCUGAAUUCUCCUACCUUCUCCCUCACACCCCUCUCGCCGCUCCCUCUGCUGGAGGGGGCGGGGCAGGAAGGGUUCCAAGAUCACCAAGUGUCAAACACGCUGAACUCCUUAGGCUUGGACGCCGCACCCGCCCCGCCCCGCCCCGCCCCACCCCACCCCGUCCCUGCCCCGCCCCUGCCCUUGGUCCCUGCAUCGGACUCGAGGCACCUAACACCACUUCACCUCCGACACGGCCUGCAGCCUUGGGGGGCAGGCGGCGACAGGCUUGUCACCACGGAGCCUCUGCUCCAGAGAACCAUAAAGGCUCUUUUGAUCCGA